CUGGAGAAAUCUGGGAGUUAGUAUUAAUGAGGACUUGUUGCUGUGGUUUUCUGACUAUGAGCUACCACAAGAAAUGAUAAAUAGAUAUCUAUUAUUGAAUCUGGAGAUAUAAUGUGAUACUAAAGCAUAAAUAGUACUGCUGCACUGCACCAUGCAAGGACAAGUGGUCCAGUAUAAGAAAACAAGAUUAUGGCCAACAGCUGCAUGAACCUCCAUGUGCAGCUUCAAAAUAACCGGCUGCCUUUGAAUAUUCUACUGCUUCCCCUCAACAGAGUCAACAUUAGCCAUAUUGUUUUGGUUGCAAGUUGCAGCUUGCAACACUCAUUUCUCCUGAGAAACCCAACCUUCUUGCAGGUAGAGGAACAAGGAGGGAGAUGGCUGGCCUGAUUUCUUCAGGAAUCAUCAAGUGGACGGCAAGCAAGCUUUCUUCACUGGUUUCGGCAUCACCUGGAGCAUCAGCAUCCAAUGAGCAGAGUUCUGCACUCAGGGAUGUGAGGACGCUGCAGAGGACGAUGGCGAGGAUCCAGCGCACGCUUGCUACCACCGAUGAGCACAGCAUCAGAGAUGCAUCUGAGAGGCUUCACCUGAGGGAGCUUCAGCAGUUUGCCUACGAUGCCCAAGAUGCAAUCGAUCUGUACAAGUUUGAGCUUCUGCGGCGAAGGAUGGAUGAUCCAAACAGUCAUGGAGAUGGCGGCAGUAGCCGUAAACGCAAGCACAAGGGGGACAAGAAGGAACCUGAAACUGAACCGGAGGAAGUUUCAAUUCCUGAUGAAUUGGCUGUUCGGGUAAGAAAAAUCCUAGAAAGAUUUAAGGAGAUCACAAAGGCAUGGGAUGAUCUCCGUCUAGAUGAUACAGAUACAACAAUGCAAGAUGAGGAACAUAGCAUGCUCCCACUGCCUACUACCCCAUAUGUUGACGAGCCCACUAUCUUUGGUAGAGAUGAAGAUAAGGAAAAGAUAAUCAAAAUGCUGCUCUCUGUGGGUGGUGCCAAUGAAGGAGAUGUGUCAGUUCUUCCCAUUAUUGGAAUGGGUGGAGUAGGAAAGACAGCACUUGUUCAACUAGUGUACAAUGAUCGAAGGAUUCUGAACAGAUUUGACUUGAUGGGCUGGGUUCAUGUCUCAGAGAAUUUUGAUCUCAAAAGCAUAAUGCGUAAAAUUAUCAUGUCCUUCACGAAAAAACCAUGUCAGAUGACACAAAUGGAUCAGCUCCAGUAUAUGCUAAUAGAACAAGUUGUUGGCAGAAAGUUCUUGCUGGUUCUUGAUGAUGUGUGGAAUGAGAGGAAGGAUAUUUGGGAUGCAUUAUUAUCAGCCAUGUCACCUGCACAAUCAAGCAUAAUAUUGGUAACUACCCGCAAUACAAGUGUGUCAACAAUAGUCCAGACAAUGCACCCCUACAAUGUGAGUUGCCUACCUUUUGAGGAAUCCUGGCAACUAUUCAAGCAGAUGGCCUUUUUGCACCAAGAUGAGAGUAUGAAAACAGAUUUUGAGGUUAUUGGCAGAAAAAUUGUUCAGAAAUGUGCUGGCUUGCCUUUAGCAGUGAAGGCAAUUGCCAGUGCACUUCGCUUUGAGGAAAAUGAGGAGAAAUGGAAUGACAUAUUGGAGAGUGAACAAUGGGAGUUACCAACAACAGAGGAUACUGUGUUACCGGCGUUAAAAUUAAGCUAUGAUCAAAUGCCAAUCCACUUAAAGCGGUGCUUUGUUUUCUUCGCAUUAUUCCCUAAGAGGCAUGUUUUCUUGAAGGAAAAUGUGGUAUAUCUGUGGAUAUCUUUGGGCUUCCUUAAACGGACCAGCCAGACAAACCUUGAGACUAUUGCAAGGUGCCUUAAUGACUUGAUGCAGAGGACUAUGGUUCAGAAAAUACUAUUUGAUGGAGGACAUGAUUGCUUCACCAUGCAUGACCUUGUACAUGAUCUUGCCGCGUCCAUCUCAUAUGAAGAUAUUUUGAGAAUAGACACUCAACACAUGAAGUCUAUGAAUGAAGCAUCAGGAAGCCUUAGGUAUUUAUCUCUGGUUGUGAGUUCUUCAGACCAUGCGAAUUUGGAUUUGCGUACAUUACCAGUGUCAGGAGGUAUCAGGAUAUUUCAAGUUGUAAAUUCUAUGGAUGACAAUAGAAGAUAUUUUUCAUCCUUCUUCAAAAAUAACAGAAGAUGCUUCUCCAAGUUGUUCUCACAUCACAUUAACCUUACAAUUGAUAAUGAGCUAUGGAGCAGUUUUCGGCAUUUGAGAACUUUAGACUUAAGCCGCAGCUCAAUGACAGCAUUGCCUGAUUCAAUUAGAGGACUGAAGUUGCUCAGGUAUCUAAGUAUUUUCCAAACAAGAAUCUCCAAGCUCCCAGAAUCAAUUUGUGACCUCCUUAAUUUGAAGAUCUUAGAUGCAAGAACAAACUUUCUUGAAGAGCUACCACAAGGCAUUCAGAAGCUGGUCAAGCUCCAGCAUCUCAAUUUAGUCCUUUGGUCUCCCCUGUGCAUGCCAAAAGGAAUUGGAAAUCUGACCAAACUACAAACCUUGACAAGGUAUAGUGUUGGAAGUGGCAAUUGGCACUGCAAUAUUGCUGAACUACAUUACUUAGUGAAUAUCCAUGGUGAAUUGACCAUUACAGGAUUAGGUAGAGUGACCAAAGUUGAUGAUGCUCAAACAGCCAACCUGAUUAAUAAAGAGCAUGUGCAAACUCUAAGAUUAGAUUGGUCUGAUGGAUUCUACUCUAGUGAAUGUGAUCAUAAUUCUAGUCAUAUAGAUGUAAAAGCAACACCAGAAUUAGCAGAGGAGGUAUUUGAGAGCUUAAAGCCAACUAGCAACUUGGAGGAGUUAGAGGUAGCUGACUAUUUUGGGUACAAAUACCCAAGUUGGUUUGGAGGUUCUGCCUAUUCACAAUUGGCCAAGAUAACUUUAUGGAAGCAAGGCUGCAAGUUCCUUCCAACACUUGGCCAGUUACCUCAGUUGCGUAAACUUGUAGUUAUACGCAUGGAGGAAGUAGAGAGAAUCGGGCAGGAGUUUCAUGGCGAGAAUUCCACAAAUCGAUUCCCAGUAUUGGAGGAAUUGGAGUUUGAGAACAUGCCGAAAUGGGUGGAGUGGACUGGAGUUUUUGAUGGUGACUUCCCUUCACUUCGUGAGCUGAAAAUCAAGGACAGCGGUGAAUUGAGAACCCUUCCACAUCAAUUAUCAUCCUCUUUGAAAAAAUUGGUCAUCAAGAAAUGUGAAAAGCUGACAAGACUGCCAACUAUUCCCAACCUAACAAUCUUACUUUUGAUGGGCAAUCUUAGCGAAGAAAUACACAAUAGUCUGGAUUUUCCAAUGCUCCAAAUAUUAAAAGUGUGUUUCACGCAAAAACUUGUGUGCCUUGAACUUGACAAUAAGAACCUACCAAUCCUGGAGGCACUAGCUAUAAGUGGAUGCCGGGGGCUAUUUUCUGUGGUAGGAUUGUUCAGCCUUGAAUCCCUCAAGCUUCUAAAAAUAAAAGAUUGCCCAAACCUGCAGUGCCCUUUACAACCACUUCAACAGCAGCUUCAGUAAUGUAUUAUCACGAACUGUCCUCAAUUACAGGAAUGGAUUGAGUGGCAACAGUCUCUAAUAGACAAGGAAGAUAAGCAGCAACCAGAAUUUGAUAAUGCAAGUUAUGAUCAAGAGGCUCUUGGUGCACUGAGCGACAAUAGUGAGGAUGAUGUUGAAGUUUUCAAUGAAGAUGAAGAUGACGAUUUCUAUGAUGAAAUGCUAGAAGUUGGGCAGUCAAGCGGGACAGCAAUUAAUGACGAUGAUGGAAGUAACGAUGCUGUUUGAAGUAUGAGAGCAAUAUUUUUGAACAUCACGUGCAAAUGAUUUUGUUUGCAUGUCGUUCUCCAACUUCAACUUGAUUAAUCCAAUUUGAUGUGCUACUUCCUAUUUUUUAUAAAAAAACUACAGUGCAAAAUAUACCAAUUUCAGGUCGAAAAAAAUAUGUGACAUACAUUCCAUUAGCUGGAUAGCUAUGGUUUUAAUGUAGGAAAAACUGUUAUAUAAGUGUCUUACAAAAUAUUUCUGAGCUCCCAAUCUUGAUAACAAAUGAAAAAAAAACUCAUAGAAGUAGGAAACAUGAACCGUAAGUAGAAGUAUUUAAAAAACAUGUGGUUUGAGCUUUCUAAUUUUAUGACAAACUUGGCUACCAUCACGGAUUUCCAGUGCUGCCUCAAAUUUCCCUUUGGUUCAGUUGCAUUUCUCGGAUAAACAAGUUUUCUUGUUAGCGACAAUUGCAUAUUUUUUAUUAAUAAUUUCAUAUUUUUGCAACUAAUUGAUUGUCACUAUCACUAUUCAUGCAUCAUGUUUAUGCGUCUGCAGGACUGCAAUUCGUCCAGUUGUCCAUCUAUGGUGACAAAUUGCAAUUGUCUAGAGCAAGACAGGGUAGUAAAAAGGUA